UAUGCAGAGCGGGCGAGAGCGGCAUCGCGCCUCACUCACCUUGGACGGACUGCGCGCAUGGAGCAACGCUGAGAACCGCUGCAGCAUCGGGGAGCGGUGCUGCUGCUGCCGCCGCCGCCGGGCGCCAGGUGUGUUCCCUGUCCUCGCAGUGCGUGCCCCAGUGCAUGGUGUCAUUGAUGGGAAAUCAAAUCGACCGGAUCACCCACCUGAACUACAGCGAGCUCCCCACCGGCGACCCCUCGGGCAUCGAGAAGGACGAGCUGAGGGUGGGGGUGGCCUACUUCUUCUCGGACGAUGAGGACGAGCUGGACGAGAGGGCCCCGCCGCCCGAGAAGAUCUGGCGUGAGCCGGGGCCGCCGAAGGACGGCACGGCGGCGGCGGUGCUGCUGCUGGGCGAGCUGGAGUACUCGGCCUUCUGCUGUCAGGAGUGCAUCUUCUCCAAGCUGGGCGGCAGCCAGGACCUGAGCGCCUACCCGGUCAGCGCCCUGCUGCCCAGGUGCCGGGCUGGGGACCUGCUGGAGCUGGUGCGGGGAGGUGGGCAGCCGGCCCACUGGGUGGUGUAUGUGGGUGCCAGCCGGGUCAUCCACCUGCAAGGGAGGGAGAUCCGAGAGGAGCACCUGGCACAGGUGAGCGCAGGGCGGGCGGGCCGCAUCGUCAACACCUGGUACCGCUACCGGGCGCUGCCGCCCGACCUGGUGGUGCACAACGCCCGGGGCCAUGUGGGGCUGAAGGGCCAUGAGAUCUGCUGGACCAACUCGGAGAGCUUCGCCGCCUGGUGCCGCUUCGGCAAGCGGGAGUUCAAGGCUGGCGGCGAGGCUGGGGGCCAGGGGGGCGACGGGCGGCUGCAGGAGGGCCGCUACCUGCUUAAGCUGCACCUGCCCGACAGCAGGGUGCACACGCUCAACUUCCCCAGCCUGGAGGACCUGAUCAGGGAGAAGCGGCGGCAGGACGCCGGCGGCAAGGUGGGAGUGCUGAAGGAGCUGUCCGUGCUGAACCAAAAAUAGCCAGCAUCCCCGCCGAGGCAAGGAGGCACUGCAAAGCUUUAUGUAAAAGGGCAGAAGGAGGGAGAUGGGGACUCCCCGGGGCAACACGGUGAGUUUGGACAUCCCUGGCAUCAGGCAUCGACUCUUCCAGAGAGAGGGGGUGCACCGCUCCCACCCGUCUCCCUGCCGUCAAGGAUCCAAAUGGGCACGGUCCAGACACAAGCUGCGACGUAGGAUAUGGAUUGGAUGAUUAUCUUCUUCAGUGACUUACCUUCAUUGCCAACACGCUGAAGACAAUAAAGGUGUGAACUUUAACAUGUACAUUUUUCUAUCUGUCACUACUUACCAGGUCAUUUGGUGCCAAUUUUCAUAUCAUGGUUCUGUCCUGGAUAUUUCACUAUUCCAACCAAGAGCUUAUUUCAUUGUCCUUGGGGUGACCUGUGAUGAACAAUCCUUUUGUUACAUUUUCUUGACAUUAAAGCACAUAAUUUGUGUGGUGGUGGGAUGGGGGAGAAAGUGUGGAUUGCAACUUCAGCGUUGCGACUACUGAACACAAUGGUUGGCUUAAGGAGUCUAUUCUUUCUAUGUUUAUAUGAAGAUGAAUUAAGGAGAUGGAAUAAAUUAUUUUUUGAUUUAUCAUUCAGAGAAUAGUUUCCAAACAACUUGCGUAUUCAGGCAAAAGUGCUUUGGAGCUUUGGGGGUGGUCUCUCAUUCAGAUCCUCUUUCGCAGUUUGCAAAGCACUUUUUAAAUGAAAGAGCAUUCUUGUACCUUAGCCUUUCAACAGACUCAAGGGGCCAUGUAUACCACUCCUGCUUCUAUUUCUUGUUCCAUCUGUGACCAUUUCAGAAACAGAGCAGCACUGGCCACAGAAAGCUUGUGCUGUGAGAUUUUCUGCUGUGUUCUGGAGGACUUUAAUCUGGUGCCAGUUUCUCAUGAAAACACGUGAAUGACUUGCCCUGCUGCACCGGCGAGAAUCAAUAGAGUGCAGGAAUUUAUUUAGGAUGUAUAAUUAAUGUAAGAAUGAGGACUUGUAUAUGUACAUGUGUGUGUAUGAUGUACCAUCUGUUUCCUUUUGUAUUUUCAUAUUGUUUCUGCUUGGAAUGGGAUAGCACAUAAAAACCUGCUUACCCCUUAGAAAUACUGCUCUUGAUUAACUCGCCACCAGUCUCUUCGGCCAAACUUUAUCUCCUCAGGCAAAAAAUUGAAAUGUGAUGAAUUUGCCAUCCAAAUACAGGUCAGAUAGUCAAAGAACCGUCAUUCAUUAUUUCCUGCACCAUUGCUUAUUGAGCACAUGACUCGAAUGUCGUCAGACCAUUGCUUUUUACUCUAAUUCGAUUAAAUCAUUUGCCAUGAUGAUAGAUCCUGAGGCACUGUUAACUGAACCACUGUCCCCUGCAGUGCAAGCCAAACUAAAAUUAAAGUUGCAUUACAGACUAUAUUAUCUUCCUGCCUGUAAAACUAAUUUCAGAGGAAGAUUGGAAUAGGAAUAGGGUAUUCAAUUAGCAAAUCCUAUGUUUGAUGACUACUGUACACUUGCCUGUUGAUUUGCCUGACUAUGAAUUAACCCAGAUCUCCGAGCAUCCUUACAUUUUAAGGAUUGACUCCAAACUGGGUGCAAUGAGUAAUAGAACAUUUGUUGAUUUGUACUAUUGCCCCAGAUUAAACUGUUGCUUUCAACAGACAACUGAAUUCUCAUUUAAGUAUUAGCUGGGUAAUGUACUAUCUAACUUUUUAAACAUUUAAAAAAUAUUAACAAAUUAAUUAUUCUAUUUCUAAUCUGCUGCCUGAUUUUAAUCAAUUAUCAUAGAACAGGGAUUUUUUUUUUAAACUGGAGGUUGAGUAGAAUAAUUUAUGAGAUCUUUCUAGAAUAAUUUCCCUUUCAAGCAGACAGUGGUGAACACUCACUGUUGAGUUAAAUGGUGUCAAACAUUAGGCAAUUAGCCAGUACCAACAACGUUAUGAUAACAAAAGCUGACUUUUAGGCCAAGUGAUCAAUAUAAAACAAAAUAAAACUCUCAAGGUGAGCUUCUAAAUUAAUUGGGAAAGCAAUGUUUGAAAUUGAUAACUUUGGCCACCUUGUAUUUUGCACUUUUUAGGGAACUGAAACCUGUGAAUUCAUGAAUUCAUACUUCAAAUGCUGUUACAUUGCUCUGGCCUGACUGGCUGAACAUUUGAACAACAAAUUCCUCUGCAAGACAUAACAUGUACAGGUUAUCUAGAAAGCACACAAGUCCAAUCAUAGAAGCGUAACAUUUUGAUUAAGAUGUAUAGACAAUAUUUUGUUCUUUGAAGACAUCUUAAACAAAAUCUAUUUUAACAGUGGGACAGAUCACACAUUUUAAUAGUAUAUUGCAGCAGGGUGCAAAGAAAUGGUAGAAACAAGGAACUGCAGACGGUGCCCUACUAAUGUACGUGCCCUCUAAUUGUUUUACCAGAUUGUCUAAUUGUUGUUCAGUUUUCUUGGUAAAUGAAAUAGAAACCAUUCUCAUCAUCAACUUUGCUUUGUUAUUAUUGAUUUUUCUCACUAAGAUUCGGCAAAACCCCCAGUGCCUCCAGGAACCUGCCUUUCGUCAUCUCAUGUCUGGGUAUGAGCUGAACAAUAGAGAUCUUGUUAUUUAAAGAGAACGCUACAAAAUAAACUCUGGAUUUUCUAACA